AUGCACGCCGCCGUGGCGGGGCCGCUGCUCGCCGCGCUCCUCGCCGCCGCCCGCAGCCCCGACGGAGGAGAGUGCCGGCCGCCCGGAUCGCAGAGAGACCUGAACUCCUUCCUGUGGACUAUUCGGCGGGACCCCCCAGCCUACCUGUUCGGCACCAUCCACGUCCCCUACACCCGCGUCUGGGACUUCAUCCCGGACAACUCCAAGGCGGCCUUCCAGGCCAGCGCCCGCGUCUACUUCGAGCUGGACCUGACCGACCCCUACACCAUCUCGGCCCUGGCCAGCUGCCAGCUGCUGCCGCACGGGGAGAACCUGCAGGACGUGCUGCCGCGGGAGCUCUACUGGCGCCUGAAGCGCCACCUGGACUACGUGAAGCUGAUGAUGCCCUCGUGGAUGACCCCUGCGCAGCGGGGCAAGGGGCUGUAUGCCGACUACCUGUUCAACGCCAUCGCGGGCAACUGGGAGCGCAAGAGGCCCGUGUGGGUGAUGCUCAUGGUGAACUCGCUCACGGAGACGGAUGUGCGCUCCCGCGGGGUGCCCGUGCUCGACCUCUACCUGGCCCAGCAGGCAGAGAAGAUGAAGAAGAGCACCGGGGCCGUGGAGAGGGUGGAGGAGCAGUGCCAUCCGCUCAACGGGCUCAACUUCUCCCAGGUGCUGUUUGCUCUGAACCAGACCCUGCUUCAGCACGAGAGUGUGCGGGCCGGGAGCCUGCAGGCCCCCUACACCACAGAGGAUCUCAUCAAACACUACAACUGCGGAGACCUCAACGCCGUCAUCUUCAACCACGACACGUCCCAGCUGCCCAACUUCAUCAACACCACGCUGCCCCCGCACGAGCAGGUGACCGCCCAGGAGAUCGACAGCUACUUCCGCCAGGAGCUCAUCUACAAGAGGAACGAGCGCAUGGGGAAGCGGGUCAUGGCGCUUCUGCAGGAGAACGAAGACAAGAUCUGCUUCUUUGCCUUCGGAGCAGGUCACUUUCUGGGAAACAACACCGUCAUCGAUGUCCUGCGGCAGGCAGGGCUGGAGGUGGACCACACCCCCGCGGGACAGGCUAUCCUCAGCCCUGCCGCCGGGAGCCCAGCACCCCUUCCAGAGGGGACCUCAGCAAGCCCAGCCCCAGGGACCCCCACCGCAGCCGUCUCCUCGGCGGCCUCAGUGACCCCUACAGCCCCCGCUGAGGAGGAGGACCCAGCCCUGUCCCCACACCUCCUGCUGCCAGACAGCCUCAGCCAGCUGGAAGAGUUCGGACGGCAGAAGAAGUGGCACAAGAGGCACAACAGACACCAGCGGCCACGGCAGUUCAAUGACCUCUGGGUCCGCAUCGAGGACAGCACCACCGCCUCGCCGCCCCCGCUGCCUCUCGAGCCCACCCACAGCUCCGGGACUGCCAAGCCGUCCGAGCAGCUCCAGCAGCAGGACCCGCCGCCGGGCCCGGCCAGCAGCUCUGCGCCCAGCCGCCCUUGUCUCACUCCUGGGCUCCUCCCUACCUUCGCGGCCGCCCUGGCGGCCCCCUUCCUGCUGCACAGCCUCGGGCCCUCCUGACCUCAGCUGCCCCGUGCCACCCGGCCCCCGCCCCCUCCUCCCAGGGGGCACCAGCCCUGCGCGGGCAGCUGAGCAGCUGACGGGAUUGGCUAGAACACUAGAGCUUUAUCGUGCCCGAGUUACAUCUUCUUUUUUGUAGAAGGAUCUUAAUUUCCCAUAGUGCUAUGGGGCUCUCUUGUAAAAUAUGUGUCCAUAUUAAAAAAGAAAAAUGUAUUUAUUCUACCGAUAAAGCUAUUUCUAUGUGGCCUAUGUCAUAACCCCUGAAUUAGCCGCAACGCCAACCCAGCACGUCUGUGGCCCCAUGUGGGCCGUGGCUUUGAACUCAGCUCCAUCCCUCAUCGCCUCGCCUGGGGCCCCUGGGUCCGGGUUUGGGCAGGCAGACAGGCUUAGCUUUUGUGAAGCUGGAUGUGAGAGCUGGCGGUGUGAACGCCCACCUGCUCCCCUGUCCUGGACAGGUGCGUCCCAGGCCUGGGGAGGGGUUUAGGAAAGAGAAUGCUGCUAUUUUGGACCCCCUGAGUGUCUGUGAACCUCCAAGGGCCUGGGGUGGGGGUGGGGUGGGGGGAAGGUGGCCCCAACCGAAUGGCAGAUGAGCCAGCUGAAAGCCAAAGACAGUGGGCCCCAAGGGGCUGCCCGAGGCCAGCCCCUCCCUGAUUAGGUGUCCUGGGUCUGGCACGCACCCCUGGGAAGCUGUUGAAGUCCCGGCUACGCGGGGUGAGCUGGGCCACAGCACAGGUGUGGGCACAGAAGGACCGGCACAGGGACAUGGGCUCUAGGAGUGGCGUUGUCCUUGCGGUGAGGAGAGCCACCGUGUGUCCCAAGCCUGCAGCAGGGCAGGCACUUUGCACACUCACGUCAUCACUCGAGAUCUGUGUGGUGUGGUCAGCCCCGUUUCACAGAUGAGGAUACUGGAUCCCCAAAGAGAAGGGACUUGCUCAAGGUCACCCUCGCCCCUCACGGUCACAUUGCCUGCCCAGGCAACUCCAAGGGAGGUGGGUGUGGCUCAAACAGGGGCGGGCACUAGCUUCUCAGUGCAGCACCAGUCAUUCCUGGCCCCCGUGACUGAAGGUCCCCCAACUGAGGGUCCCACCUGUCCCGUGCCUCACUCGUCAAAUCCGGGAGCCCCUGAGAGCUGUCCCUGCCAAAGCAGGCUGGGGCUGGGGCUGGGGACAGCUGUGGGGCCUGGGGAGGCAGAGCAGCCACAUAGGGGCAGGCAGGUGACUGAGACUCAGAGACUCACCUCACCCUGUGUGCCCAGGGCGGUGGCCGCAGGGCCAGAGGCCCUGGGCAGCUGGACUGAUGGCUUCCUGGGACCCGGAUGCGCACAGGAACCUCUCUGGACAGAUCAGAAUACCAGUAAGAGCAAGUGUAAGUCCCAGAGAAGUGAGACACUUCUCCAAGGCGACACAGCCGGGGGUGUGCCCAGCCUCGCUACACGGGGACUCCUGGAAGGCAGCGGCUGGGACACCCUGCCAUCGCGCCCAGCAUGGUAGCUGUCUCCCGUCUGAGAUGCUGGAAGUCUAGGCAGCUCAUUAGAGGGCCAGAGGCCCCUGGGCAUCCUGGCCGGCAGCUGAAUUCUUUUCAGCUCAGCCCAGAUGGACAUGUUUGAGCCUGAGACCUGGCAGGAGCCAGGAGCUGUGCUUCAGACGGGCCAGGCAGCCCCGUGGGCACCACACUCUAAACUGAACUUGACCUCAGCCAGAGCUGGAGCACGCUUCUCCUUGGCACAGAUGCGCCUUCCUCUUUCCGAGCAGCAAGGAGCUUAGCUGACUUAGAAAACAGAGUCAGAAGUUGGACAUCAAACGGAUUGUGUCGAGAGCUAGGCGAAUGAGAUAAGUGUCAAGGAAUUAGAAACACACAGGCCAGAUCCCCCUGUGUUUGAGGCAGAGUAUGGCGUGAGACAUGUUGGGAGGGAGCUUGAGGUUAAUUAAAGAUGAAGCACUUGGGUAAACAGUCCAGGCACCUGACCGUGUGCCCAGAGCUGUGCCAGGCCUGGGGCCAAAAACAUCAGUGAACACAGAAGGGAAUUACGGAGGACGGGCAGCGCUGGGCCCUGUGCCGGGGCUGAGUCUAAGCCCCUUCCUUGGCCUACAGGAAAUCACUGCCCACGUAGAUGGGACGAGCAGCCACGCCCUGGGGUGUCCUUGCCUGGCCCUGGCUUCAGGCAGACCCAGCCCUCGUCUCUGCCAUCGCCCUCCUCUGGGCAGCACCUGAGAGUUUAGAGAACAAGAGGGCGUGAGCUGAUUAGACAGGCGCAUGCCAAGAGCAAGCAGAGCCACUGUGUGCCGGGCACCCGGAGCCAAAUGGAGCUCACGGAUCCCUUUGGGUCAGGCUGCGGGUACCCUCAGCUCGCUCACUUAAGUCCCAGGAGAAAAGGCACACAGGCAGGAACCGGCAAGGGCUGGGCACUGCAGCCCUCCCACGCCAGGGAGUCAGCCUGCGGGAGCAGCCACUCGACCUCUCUUCCAGAAUGCUCUGUGCACCUGGCCUCACCCAGUGGUUCUGCUCCUCGAAGGGCUUUGUGGACCUUCCUCGGGACUCUGCUGCUGGACUUCAAGGCCUGCCACCAAGCUGGUGAAGGCCUGGCAGCUCAGCCGUGGCCCAGCCCCCAGUCUCAGGAACCCUGACCCUACGGCCAAGAGCCCUGAACAGCCUCGUCUCCUGGCCUCCUUCCAGUGGCCUGUCUGAGGUGCCUGCAGCAGGUAGGGGCAGCCAGAGCCCCGUCACCCAGGGUGGAGGUGGCAGAAUCAGGCUGCCAGGGAGCCCCAAGGGCAGCUGAGGGGCCCUGCGGCCUUGGGCCUGAGAUGGGAAUGGGAGACGUGUAGGGGCUUGUGCUGGCUGUGACCACACCUGCCCUUCGCAGAAUCGGGGCUGGCGUUGGGUUUUCAGUGGCCCUGGGGUAAGAACCGAAGUCCUCAGCCUGGACUUGUAGAUCCUCCUUGGUCCAUCUCUGCUGGCCUCGCCGGCCAUGUCUCUCCUCUCUCCCAUCCUAUGCCUGGCUAGAUGGAAUCGUGUUUCUAGAACAGACAGGAUGCUCCAUACCUGCUGCCCCCUAACCUGGAAACUCCCUUCUCAUCCCCCUAGCUACUCAUCCUUUGAGGAUCAACCCGGAUAGCACCUCUUCCGGGAAGCCCGUCAGAUUCCCUUGUGUUUUCUCAGCAUCUAUUGCAAUACCCACUGCCCAGAGCUGCGACUGUCUGAUGGUGUGUCUGCUCCCCAUCGGACCAUGAGCAGCUGAGUGGCAGGGGUCACGUGACUUCACAGUUGUGCUCAACAGCUGUGUAGAGAGGCAAGAGGGAGGGAAGGAAGCAGAGAGAGGGGGAGGAAGAGAGGAAUGAAGGAAAGAAAGCAGAGAGGCAAAGCUUAGCUCUGCCAGAGGAAUCAUUUCCACCAAGCAAAAGCUGUGGGAAGGUGGUGGUGAGGCGCCCGUCAGCAGAGGUGUGCGAGCAGGGCCGUGGGGCCCAGGCCGCAGUCGUGGGAGGAGAGUGGAGGUCUUGGAGGGGCACUGGCAUAGAUGACUUCCUAGGUCCCUGGUGGCUCUGUACUGCUCAGGUUCUUUGAACGUUGUUAUUUUUACAAAAAUCCGUCCAAGCAGCCAAAAAAAUCACCCCCGCUGGCCGCCUGAGCGGGUACGGCUCAGGACUCGGUCCAGCCUCCCGCUCUCCCACAGCACCGCCAGCCCCUCCCUGCUGCUCAGCAAGCCAGCCAGGCUUGCCCGCUCCCCUCAAGCGGGCGGGGGCUUGGGGGACUUCAACAGGGGGGAGAAAAGGGAGGAGUCCUGAGAACAGAGGGAUCCCCCCACCAGCCUUUUCCACGCAAUAGCAGCUCUCCCUAGCCUGUCGAUACUGCUUCACUCUGCUCGGUGACCUUGGGCAAGUCCUGGCCCCUCUCUGGACCCCCAGUUCUCCAUCUGUCAAACAGAGACCCCAUUUUCUGCCUGGGCUGCCCGGGGCUGCGGGUAGGUAGGCCGUGUGCAAUCCUGGGGCUCCAUGGCUGUGAGGUGCGACCCCUCCUCAGGCUCACGUGUGGCUUUCCUCCCGGGACCCCCAGGCUGGCGUAGGGCUGGGAGUGUGCAGUAGGCCGAAGGGCGACAGAGUAGCGUUCCCUGAUGGUCCCUUCCUGCAGCAGGAAUGAGUACAGGAUCCAAGCCUCAGAUGUUUCCAGUGAGCCACCAGGGACCAACAGCGCUCCGACAUCUCGGUCCCUGGUGACAAGGACCGGCCCUGGCCAGAGGAGGGUUCGCCAGAGCCUUGGCCCUUACCUGAGCCUGAGAUCGCAGAUGGUCCCCACCCUGACUCCCUGUGUGACACGGGCUUUGGAUCUUACUGUAUCUGGAAGGUAUUCUCUGGUCUCCGCUGUGAAUUCUCACCAAGAGUUCUUUAAGAGUAUAAUGGAAGACAAAGAAAGAUGCUAUUAAUGUUAUUUUGCCAAAAAUAUUUUUGUAGCAUAAUAUAUUAAUAAAAGACACUAUGG